UAGCUGUCAUGGAGGACUCUCGCGCACCGACGGUCUCGCCAGCGGGCUCGCAUCCCAGUUCGGAUGCAUCGUUGUCGAGCCCUGCCGACGUCGAGAAACAACAAUUACACGAGAAAAGCAGCAAAGAUCCGAAUCUAGUAGACUGGGAUGGACCCGAUGACCCCGAAAAACCCACCAACUUCACCCGGGCCAAAAAAUGGGCCAUCACGAUCAUCCUCGGACUAAUGACCGUCUCCGUAACCUUCGCCUCAUCCGUCUUCAGCACGGCGUCCGAAGUCACCGCCAAAAAGUUCGGGGUCUCCGACGAAGUGAUGAUUCUCGGCACGAGUCUCUUCGUCCUAGGGUAUAGUUUCGGCCCGCUCUUCUUCGGCCCACUCUCCGAACUCUACGGCCGCAAGAUCCCCCUCUUCACGGGCUUCUUCAUCUUCGCGAUCUUCCAAAUCCCCGUGGCCGUGGCCCAGAACCUCCAAACCAUCAUGAUCUGUCGCUUCCUGGGCGGUCUCUUCGCCAGCGCCCCGCUCGCCAUCGUCGGCGGCAUGCUCGCCGAUCUCUUCGGGCCCGUGGAACGCGGCAUCGCCAUUGCCGUCUUCGCCGGGAGCACCUUCAUUGGACCCGUGACGGGCCCGAUCGUGGGCGGGUUCAUCACCAUGUCGUAUCUCGGCUGGCGCUGGACCGAAUACAUCACCGCCAUCAUGGCGUUCUUCUUCGGCGCCGUCGGCUUCCUCCUCAUCCCGGAGACGUUUGCCCCGGUGUUGCUGGAACAUCGGGCCCGGCGAUUACGCUACGAGACGCGCAACUGGGCGCUGCAUGCCCGCUCGGAAGAACAGCCCGUCGAUCUCCAACAUAUCGCGACGGUAUAUCUCAUCCGGCCGUUUCUGAUGCUCGUUCGGGAACCGAUCCUCCUGCUGAUCACCUUGUACAUGGGCUUCAUCUACGGAUUCCUGUAUCUCUGCUUCGAAGCCUACCCGGUUGCCUUUCAAGAGGAGCGCGGGUGGAACGAGGGCGUGGGCGCAUUACCGUUCAUCGCGAUCGCGGUGGGAGUGGUAUUCGGGUGUGGGGUGAUCAUCUAUUUCACGAAGACGCGAUUCCAGACGAUCCUCGAGCAGACCGGGCAGAUUGUGCCCGAGGAGAGACUCAUUCCGAUGAUGAUCGGGGGGGUGUUGUUACCGGCGGGGAUGUUUUGGUUUGGGUGGACGUCGAAUCAGAAUAUCAUUUGGGUGCCGCAGGCGAUUUCGGGGGGGUUUCUAGGGGCCGGGAUUUUGUUGAUUUUCAUGCAGGGCUUGAAUUAUAUCAUUGAUUGUUAUAGCAUCAAUGCCAACUCGGCUAUUGCAGCCAACUGUUUCUUUCGAUCGGGGCUGGGGGCGGGAUUUCCCAUGUUUGCGAUUCCGAUGUUCCAUAACCUGGGCGUGCCGUGGGCCAUGACUCUGCUCGGAUGUCUAACGGCGAUUCUGUUCCCGGUGCCGAUCUUGUUUUAUCUGUAUGGGAAGAAGAUUCGCUCGUGGAGUAAGUUUGCGCCGACGGCAUAAUGUACCGGGGGGGUGGCUGUGGUAGGAUAUGGGAGUAGAGAUAAUACCUUUGUUUGAUUUAGUGAUAAUCUUGUAUUCAGAUCAGUGUGAUUAAUCCAAUACUACAAUUGAAAGAGAUACACAAG